GUAAUAGCGUUCGUGAGACGAGGGGGUUAGUUGUUCGAGCAGUAAUAUAAAUGUAAACUCUGUUAUUGAACGGCUUAUUCCAAACUGAGCUGCCAACAUGAAAGCUCCACUUCUAGGUUUUAUUGUAUGUGCCAUAACUUUGGUCAAUUGCUCCAUAGAUUACAACGAAGCUGAAAAGUUUUUAGAAAAAUAUGAAGGUUUUAAAAUUCCCAAACUAUCUCCAAAUGAAAUUCAAAAGCAUCCAUCACUUCAACCAAGUUUUAUUAAGGCAUUGAAGAAAAUGCAAAAAUAUGCUGGCAUUCCCAUUACGGGAAAAUUAGAUGAUUUAACUAUGGAAACUAUGAGGAAACCUAGAUGUGGCAAUCCUGAUGGUGAAAAUGAAGAUCAUGAAAAUGAUAACAAAGAAAAGAGAUAUGCCGUUGCUUCGAAAUGGUAUAAAACUCAUCUCACAUAUUACAUAAAGGGUAGCACAUAUACAUAUGAUCUCGACAAUAAAAAAGUAGAGGAAGCUGUUGCCCAAGCUUUUAAAUAUUGGUCGGAUGUUAGUGCUUUAACAUUUGAAAGGAGGUAUAGCUCUUACAACGUAGAUAUUAUUAUGUAUUUUGCUAAAAAAAGUCAUGGCGAUAGUAAUCCUUUUGAUGGUCCGGGAGGAGUAUUAGCUCACGCAUAUUUUCCAACUAACGGUGAUGUUCAUUUUGAUGAUGAUGAGGCUUACACCUUAAGAAGUUACGCUGGAACAAACCUUUUACAAAUUGCCACUCAUGAAAUAGGACAUAGUCUCGGUCUUCAACACAGUUCAAUCAAGAGUGCUGUCAUGGCUCCCUACUAUUAUGGAUAUUCUCCCAAUUUUGCACUACAACCUGAUGAUAUUAAUGGUAUUAGAAGUCUUUAUGGAUCCAAUCGGCCAACAACUCCAGUAUAUACUUCUUCCACAACUAAAACUGUUAAGUCUACUGUUAAGACUCCUGUUAAUUCUUAUCCAGACCCAUGUUCUCUUACUAGUAUUGAUACGUUUUUUGAAUCAAAGAAUGGUUUUUUUUAUGUUUUUAAGGGAGAAUAUUACUGGAAACUCAACAGAUAUGCAGAUUUACAAAGUAAAAUACCAACCAAAAUAUCAGAUGGCUUUCCUGGUCUGCCAAAUGACAUUGAUGCCGCUUUCAUGUGGUUUUCAAAAUCUACUUACUUCUUUAAGGGUGACUUAUAUUGGAGAUUUCGUGAUGGGGUGAUGCAAAGUGGCUUUCCAAGAAGAAUAGGAAAAGAUGGCUUUAGGGGUGUACCAAAUAAUCUUGAUUCGGCCUUUGUAUAUAAAGGAAAUAAUGUUAUUUAUUUCACCAAAGGUAACUUGUAUUAUAGAUACGAAAACUUUCGCGUAAAAGAUAACUACCCUAAACAAUUUGACCGAAUCUGGGAAGGUCUACCAGCAGGAGUAGAUGCAGCUCUAGCUUACGUUAAUGAAUACAAUUACUUUUUCAAAGGUAGUCAAUAUUAUCGCUUCAAUCCAAGCACAUUCUCCGUUGACAAGGGUUAUCCAAAAUCCAUCGCUCAGUGGUGGUUCCGUUGUUACGAUAGUGUUCAAGAUGCACCAUCUGAUGUAAGAGUAGCAGAGGAUUCUGAUUCUACUGAAAGAGAAACUGAAAAUGAUAGAGAACCCAUAAAUUUAGUAGAGAAUAAAUCACUAAGUGAAAUUGACGAAGAAGGCUUAUUAAGCAACGCUGCCACCUUGAAAAUUUCAAUUAUUAUGGCAACUAGUCUUGUCGUUUUUAAACUGUUAUUUUAACUAUUUUUCUUAAAGGAAGAGCACUUUUCUUUUUAUUUUUAAUUGAAAUUAUUUAAUAAAUGAGACACUUUACUCUAAAGAGAAUUUUUUAUUAGACAUUGUACGUUCCAGGGUAUUUUAUGUCUAUCUAGAACACUUACAACUUAGACUGCAUUCUACUUUUUACCUUAAAAAAAUUCCUUUAUCAAAGAAUUUUAUAUUUUUGAUGGUGUUCACCUUUUUUAUAUUUCUUUAAUAAUGAAGGUCUCUCAUACCGUUUGUUAUGUACGUUCUAUGAAAGAAGCUAUUGAAUAAAAAGAAAAACUUGGCAUAAUGUUUUAUUUUCAAAUUUUAGUAGGAUUGGCAGUUUAACGUCUUCAUUCAGUAAUAGAAAGAAAUUUAACAAUAUGAAGCUGGAAAGAAAAGAAUAAUUUGGCGGAGGGAAGGGAAAUAUUUUGCUAAAUCACAUAAAAUGAUUAAAAGUUUAUAUAGAUAUUUCCUAUUAUGGAAUAUUUUGUGCUUCUAUCAGCAUAAUUUUACGUAAGCAAGCCUAAUUAAUUAUUACGACAAUUUAGAACAAAUGAAGUAUGGAAAGAAUGUUCUCUUGUUAGCGUUUAACAGUCCUGUUAAGAAAGUAGCUUCCUUUUAAGUUGGCAAAGAGACUUUGGUGAAUAAAUAUAGUAUUAACAUAUAAAUCGAUAAACAUACUGUAAAAUAGUCAUUAUGUUAUAUUUAUUUCUUAAGAGAAUGUCGA